AUGGAUUCUACUACUUGCAACGCAAGGCUUCAGACAGCACUCGCUCUUACUCGUCGCGUCUCCGAUCAGCGACUCUUUCCUCUCCUUCUCGAGACCAUCUUGACAACGAUCUUCACUGUUGCACUCGUCUACUUCGUCUGUCAACGAUGGUCGCACAAGUCAAGAUCUUCGAGACUGACGCUGUUCUUCGCGGUGCUGAUGUAUGCAUUGGCGGUCGUCUUAUGGGCUCUUGACGUCCGCAUCUUGAACGAGUAUAUGUACCCAACCAUGGCUUGGGAGUUGUCACCCACGAAAGAUCGCGCUCAAGAGGAGGUGUUGCUCAAUGUGCUCAACGAUGCGCAAACCGCACAAAACGUCAUUACACAGGCCAUCUAUGUGAUGACCGAUGUCAUUACACUCUGGCGAGUGUACGUCGUCUUCCAAAAGCCGAGGUGGCUCCUGGCCUUGCUUGUUUUCACCGGUCUUGUUGAAACCGGCUUCUCUAUCAGCGUCGUCUAUCUCGCCUCAGUGACCACUCCAGCAUCGAGUGCACACCAGCAAGACGUAUACCGGGCUUCAUAUCUGACAGUAGGCGUCUCUACUACGAUCUGUCAGGUCUUCUCUUCAGCGAUGAUCGGAUACAAAGCUUGGUCGCACUGGCGGGAGAUCAAGGAGUUCAUCAAUGCCUCAGCCUCUCGCCGUCUCGUUCCCAUGCUACUCCUCAUCGUCGAGAUCGGCGCGGUGUACUCUGCUCUUUGGAUCUGGUUCAACCUCAUCUGGGCCUACAACUCAUCUUGGAAUGAAACCGCUUUCUAUUGGUCGGAUUUCUAUAUGGUGACCCUAGCGGCCAUGUACCCGACGCUUGUCAUCAUGCUCGUCGCUGCCCAUGGCUCCAUCGUCGAACGCAGCUUUCAGCUACCAUCUAGGGCAAGCGCCAUGGAGAUCGCCGUUCCAGUCAUUGCAACAGUGGUAGACCGCGAGGCUGUGAUGAUGCCCUCUUUGCACCCAUUCUCUGAAAUCCGGGACGACAAGAAACCAGAUGCUACUCUGUCCGCCGGCGAAAAGGCGCCUGAUAACGAAACAGUGUUGGAGAUGUCUUUCUCGUCAAUCGAGGGCGAUAUAGCGCGAAGUGUCUCGAUGGUGUAA